UUAAAAGUCAUGGAGUGUUUCUCAGAAUUACUGCAUGCACUGGAGGACGAUGAGGAACGAGCUGUGGUUCAGCGUAAUAACCUUUCUUAUUUUCAAAACAAAUGUAUCAAAGAACAACAUAUGAGACUUUUAGAUAAACGACGCUUGAACAGGCGAAAUGAGCAUCGUCGACGUCGUAUAAAUCAGGCGAGAAAAGAAAUCGUAAAUUAUGCACUCAGUUUUGAAUUACAAAUAUUAAUUGACUUUGGGUUCAGUCAGUAUAUGAGCAAUAAAGAAAUGAGUGGAUUAGUUCGACAAAUGGGUCGAGUUUGGGGGAUACAAAAAAAAACUCGCGGCUUAAAAAUCAUACUUUCUGCUCCUGACACGCGCUUUUUAAGUGAAGGGAGCAAAAAACUUUCUGGUUUCGAUCGCUUCAGCUGGGUUAUAUCGAAUAAAAAUUUAGAAAUGGUUAUUAAUGAACAUCGUUUCGUCUAUUUGAGUCCAGACCCACAACUAGAUCCUUUGCUAGAAGUAAAACCUGAAAUUGUGUAUAUUGUUGGUGGUCUGGUUGACGAAUCUGGAGUCGGGUCUUUGUCACGUCGUAGAGCAGAAGAAUUGAAUGUGGAUGUGCGGCGACUACCGAUACAGGAAUUUUUGAUAAAACGUAAUACUGGAACUUUUAACAUUAUGCUCGCGAUAAAUCAAGUUGUUGAGAUUCUUGUGCGUUAUGUAUGUUCUAAAGAUUGGGUCCAAGCACUUUCUGUAGUGCCAAAGCGUAUUGGCUAUGGAAUUCCAGAAUUUUUGCUGAAUUUUAAAACGAAAGGAUUAGUCUUUGUCGAUAUUAAAAUGCUGGUUCACAUGCCAGUAACUGAAAUAAUGCAAGGAUACAAUGAUGAUGACUUUUUUGGUGUCCAUGCAGCAACAGAAACACAACUCCCAAGGCAAAUGGAAGCUGCAAAAACUUUGAGAUCAAGGAUAAAAGAAAGGGAACGCCGUCGACCCUGCAAUGAGGAAGGUUGCAGUACCUCGAAUAGAAGGUCGACUGAUUAUGAUACAAUAACUAAUUAUUCUGCGGAAGAUCUUGAUCGAACUUGUGUUCACAGUAACAGUGACUGCGAUAAUAAAGUAGUGGAAUCAAAUGCUCAUUACAAUACUGGUCUGUGGAGAAUAUGGGAAAAAAUUGACUCGGUAUGGGAAAUGAGUGAUGAACAGCUAGUUGAUGUCAUGGUAAAUCGAAUAAUUUAUGAAGAUGGAGAACUCAUUGCAUUUGAUAAGCCUUACCAAGUAGCUUUUUGCAAUGCACCAAGAAACCAAGCAGAAAUAUUGCGCAUUCUUCCCCAACUUUCUUCUCAUGUAUCACCACGCGGCAGUAUUUUACAUAUCGUUAAGUCUAUUUCAAAGCCUGCAACCGGGAUAAUACUUUUUGCAAAGAAUCGAAGUGCUCAGGAGAGGAUGAAAGCUUUAUAUAAUAAUGGUUUUGUGAAACAGUAUUAUCGCAUCCUCACAAAUAUGAAACCUAAACAUGAUGAGGCUGUUAUUCAUAUACCUCUUAUUAAGUGCAAACGAGACAACAAUUAUGUGAUGUUACCGUUGGGAGCUACCCAAAGCAAUAAGAUCAGUCCAUUUUUAGAGGCUAAAACACAAUACAGAUUACUGAAACAUGAUUCUCGAAAUCAAACCAGCUAUAUGGAAUGCAUCAUCAAACAAGAUGCUCCUGACCAAAUACGUGCACAUUUCGGUCUUGGAAUUGCAUGUCCCAUCAUCGGUGACUUUAAAUAUAAUUGGAGCCGCAGAGAAGCAGGAAAAGGAAUCCCACCCCGAUUAUUGAACGCAGCAUUACAAGAUUUACAUAUUACCGGCAGUUCAUUCCGUAGGUUACCAAUGUUCAUGCAUUUGAAGGAAGUAGUAAUUUCGAUAUCGGAUCGUCGAUGUCGGAAAAUUCAUAUUACUGCCCCAUUACCAUCCUUUUUUACUUAUACUUUGAGCAAGUUGCGAUUAUUAAAAUAG